GCAAUUCUCUGGUCUCGAGCUUUCCACGGCGUCUUCGCUUAGUGACGGUGACGGUUAAUGUCACCGCUCAUAUCUCUCGCCUUUUCCCUUCGAAAAAUAUCCUCUAUCCAAAAUCGGAAGCUCACGGCACCAUGAUUUCCGUUUCCCGAUCGCCGUCAGUGGCGGCGGCGGUUCAGUCGUGCUUCUGCGCCGGCUCCUCUCUCACUGCUCUGUCUUCUUCUCCGGUGACGUUGCAUUUCCCGCGCGGUACCGCGGCUGGGGUUCGGUUUCGUGUUUUCGCCGUGAAGACAGAAUCGGACGGCUCGGAGUUGCUGAGGCGGCCGCAUAUUUUGUCGGAGGAGGAUCAGAGUUCAGGUUCGGAAGAGGAUGAGAGCGGCGAACAUGGAGAGGCUGAAGAAGAGAUCGUUGAUUGGGAAGAUAAGAUCCUGGAGGUUACUGUUCCGCUUGUUGGCUUAGUCAGGAUGAUCCUUCACUCCGACAACAGAUACGGAAAUGGAGAUAGGCUAAGCCCCGGACACGAGAGAACUGUUGUUGAGAGAUUGCUCCCUUAUCACCCUGAAUAUGAGGACAAGAUUGGGCCCGGAAUCGAUUACAUCAUGGUCGGUCGUCACCCGGAUUUCGAGAGCUCCCGCUGUUUGUUCGUAGCUCGGAAAGACGGUGAAAUAAUUGAUUUUUCGUAUUGGAAAUGCAUAAAGGGUUUGAUCCGGAAGAACUACCCUCUCUACGCAGGCAGUUUCAUCCUCAGGCAUUUUCCGAAAAACGUAGGAUGAACGGAUAGAUCAGAGGAGGGGUAACUGAGUUUUCCACAGCUUCAUCGUAUAGAAACUCCCGCAGCUUCAUUGGAAAGAGACAGGAUGUUAAAAAAAAGGGUACAGAGAAGAUGGUCAAGUUGCUGUCUUUGGUCCGGCCUUGUUUUGAACAAAGUUUCUAUAACAUCAUGGAUUCGUAUAAUAGCUAAAGUGUUGCUGCUACAGCCAGAGGUUUAAUGGAGGAUGUGAGUCAUGCAAUCUCUUCUCCUUGUUUUCUUUUUUCUUUUUUGAGAUUUUUAUACAUUUUGUAAUUGAUCUUUAAUGGGUUUUUUUUUCAAAUU